AUGCCAGCUGCAGAACGUGAAUUUGUUGACGCUAUUAAUGCUGUGGAUUGUAUAGACAGUAUUAAAAGUGUACUUUAUCUGAGUGCUGCUGAUUCAGCUGAAGACGAUGCAUUUUUGGAUGCUGCUGGAGCUUCGGCAAAUAUAACAGUGCUGAAACGGUAUGAAGAAAUGGAGGCUGCACAUCAUCAGAAUCACUAUAAUAUAAUCAUUUUGAACAGAAUACUAAUUAGCGCUAAGGUAAUCAUUUAAUG